AUGAUCGGGUCUCUUCCUCUUCCUAGUCUUGUUGAUUUCAGUAAAUUCUUUAGUGCUGUUGCCAAAACAAAGCAAUAUGGUCUCGUUUUAGAUCUCUGCAAGCAAAUGGAAUUGAAUGGGAUUGCUCAUAACAUCUACACUCUGAGUAUUAUGAUCAAUUGUUUCUGUCGCUGUCGUAAACUUCAGUUCGCUUGUUCCGUUAUGGGAAAGAUCUUGAAACUUGGGUAUGAGCCUAACACAAUUACAUUUUCAACUUUGAUCAACGGAUUCUGUCUCGAGGGUCGAGUUCCUGAAGCUCUAGAGUUAGUUGAUCGAAUGGUGGAAAUGAAACAUAGACCCGAUCUCAUAAUGAUUAACACUCUGGUCAAUGGCCUUUGUCUCAAAGGUAAAGUCUAUGAAGCAGUGGUUUUCAUUGAUCGAAUGGUGGAAAGUGGUUGUCAACCCGAUGCAGUUACCUAUGGACCGGUUUUAAAUGUAAUGUGUAAGUCCGGUAAAACUGCUCUGGCCAUGGAGUUGCUUAGAAAGAUGGAAGAAAGAAAGAUCAAGCUAGAUGCAGUCAAAUACAGCAUCAUCAUUGAUGGUCUUUGCAAAGAUGUUGUACUGUUACAUGUGUUAGGCCUUAUAAGUAGUAAUCAAAGAAUUCCUAUCCAUUCAGGCAUUCACUUGUCAAUGUCUCUUAGAAUCCUAUCUGAUGGUUCAAUGGUGAUCCCACUGAUUCACAGUCUAAAGACUCAAGAACAUAUGUCAAAUCUAAACAUUUAG